UCUCGUGAAGAUGUCAACUGCAGUUUCGCAGCAAAUGUCCCUAUUCAGAUUCCAAGUCGAGAGCCGUAGACUGGAUGAAGGAACUCUUCGAAUUCUCGAGUCCGUUUUAGCUUGGGACGAUUACGAAUCUCUGGAAGGAGUGGUAUGUACUUUGAAACAGUUCAUGAGACACGAAUCUCUCCGAAUUAUUGAGGAAAUCGCUGGAAAAGCUGCAGAGCAUAAACUUCUGAUCGUAGAUUUUCUAGUUCGCGUUUUUGCUCUCAUCGGAGAUACUGAGAGUUGCUUGGCGUUGAGAUAUGAGGCAUUGCUUAUGAGAGAGCAGAAAGCUAUCAGUGAUCAGAGGCUUCUUGUUUCAUAUAGCGAGUGGCUCACUUUUGCUGAGCAUUCACUUGAAAGUGGCUUUUGUUCCAUUGCAAAGAAGGCAUGUGAAAAGGCGCUCUUAUGUUUUGACAUGAACAUCGUAGAUGACCCUGAAAAUUAUUUCGUAAUUGAAAAAAUUAAGAAGCUUAAAGAUGUUGCUGUGAUCUCAGCGUCUUCAAAAUCUGUUCAGGCGCAGGCAGUAACAUACUUCAAGAACAAAAAUAUUCAGCAGAACUCACAAGGAUCCUACAUUCCUGUGGAAGUUAAAAGUUCAGGAAGCACUUUGUUUAGAGAUGGAAUCAAAAGACGACACAGACGCCAAUUGGAUGAACACCGACAUCUAAAACUGGAUGGAAUAACUGAUGGAAACACGCAAAAUAUUUUGGAAUGAUUUUUCUCUGAAGUAUUACUAUUAUGGAGUCACCAAUAUGAUCAAAGAUCAACUUCCCUUCUU